AUGGCUCACAACCAGGUUGGCAAAAGGAAGAGGGCUUCCUCGGGACCCAGACCUUGUUCUUCCCUCAAUCAAGAACGCCGCAAACGAGUGGCCUUCUUCCGCCUCCAAAUCUUCUUCUCCUUCCGCACCAAGAGAAGUUUCGACCUUUCUUGGAUUCAGGCCUCUAAAAGACGACAAAGGAUGCUUUCGUCGAAAAAGGCGAAGGGGAAGAAGCAGCGGGAGGAGAUCUGGCUCUACGACCCUCUGUCUCCAACGGCGACAGAGGUGACGCGUAUCUGUUUCCUCGUGGCUGAAUCGAUGAUGUUCGUCAUCGACAACGGGGGAAAGGAUAUGGCUUUGGACGAGACUAGAGGUGGCAAUUAA